CUGGCAUUUGUCAUAAUUGCUAGAUGGCCAAUCUCAUUGUUAUGUCUGUGGAGAAGCUGGUUGCCAGGAAGUUGGGCGAAUGAAAUUCAUUUUUCACAGUUGGUGAUGGCGGAUGUCGAAAUCGACACCAUGAAGAAUUACCACAUAGCUUUUGAAAGGAUAAACCCCGAUACGAGUCGUUACCCCUACUGUAUCGUGUGGACACCUAUCCCCGUACUAUCAUGGCUGCUACCAUUCAUUGGACACAUGGGAAUCUGCACCUCUUCUGGUAUCAUCCGGGACUUUGCUGGGCCCUACUUUGUCUCUGAAGACAACAUGGCCUUUGGGAGACCAACAAAGUACUGGAUGCUGGACGUAGCCAAGGUGUAUGCUGGUGGCGCCAACGCCUGGGACACAGCAGUGCAAGACGCCUCAGAGGAGUACAAAAACAGAAUGCACAACCUCUGCUGUGACAACUGUCACUCCCAUGUGGCCAUGGCUCUGAACCUGAUGCGCUAUGAAAACAAGACCUCGUGGAACAUGAUCAACCUCUGUCUGCUCUCCCUAGUCCACGGAAAACACGUCAGCUGUGCAGGGUUCCUGAAGACCUGGCUUCCCUUCCUCAUGUUGCUGAGUAUCAUCCUAACUGUGGCUCUGACCAUUAACCUGCAGUGACCAGCCAACCAGGUGGGAGGACACAGCUUUCAGGGUGGCCAGGGGGCAAGGAGCAGAGGGGGAGUGGGAUGGACUCCCUGCAGAAGGGGGGUGAGGGAGAUUGGGAGGGGCGGGGGGUUAGAGGACAAACAGGGAGGGAGGGAAUGGGAACCCCCUGCAGGUUGGAAGUGACGGUAGAGGUGGGAGGUGUCACACCUCAACUCUGAUUGUGAGGAUGGAGAGGAAAAAAGACAUGGAACUGUGACACCCCAGCAACAUACAAACCAAUGAGAGGACAAUGAAGAGAAGGCCAGAAACAUCCUCCACUCAACUAAGCACAAAGCCUGUUUGUUUCUAGGACCAGGCAACCUGGCUUUCACUGGUGGCGUGGCCCUACUGAAGCUGGAAUACAUUUGGAUGGCAAUUUUAGUUGUUUGUUUAUUUUGGGGUUGAGAGUAAUUGUUCUUGAUGGACGGUAGCUUACUUUUAAAUAUUGUAAUGCCCCCCACAAACAUCCCAACUCCAUAAAUGUUUAUGCAAUUUUCAAAUGUUUUGAUUUUUAAUGAAGGCCUAGUAUAUGGGUAUAGACCAUCAUAACCAUCCAUUACCUAGGAAUGUGGAGGGGGUGGAUGUUGCCGGUUCUGUAGAUUACAGUAGCGAUGGUAGUGGUGAAGGGGGUAGGGGUUGUUCUUUCUUUCAGGGGUAGUAGUCUUGUCUCCCACAGGGACAGCAGCAUCCUUGCCUUUGUCUCUCUCUGCCAUGCUGAAACCAACACCCACCAUCCAUUUUAAUGACAUAGGACUAUGAUGAUGAUCCACUGACUCAGUGCUUCCCAUACUCUGAGAUAAAUAAAAUACUCCAUCUUGAUAUUUCACUUUAA